AGCGCCAGACACGACGUUGCGCCGGCGGCGGCAUUGGUGCGCGCAGGCAGAUCGCGCAGUAUACAUCGCGCUGCGCAGCGGAUCGCGCGCAAUAGUGAUAACCGUGCCUUUAUUAUACGUGAGCCAAGAUGCCGAGUCCAGACUACAGUGUGGAGCUAGAGCUGGGCGCGCCACCACCAGAGGUGAUGGAGUAUGCCCGCCAGCAUUGCAACGAGGACCCUAACACACGGCUGCAGGCCAUCUACCAGUUGCGAGAUAUGAUCUAUGAACGCGGCGAGUGCACCCCUCAUCGCAUGGACGACAAUUAUCUCGUGAGAUUCCUGCGUGCACGUAACUUCAUUCCAGCGAAGGCUCAUAGACUGAUGGUGAACUAUUACCAGUUCAAAGAAGAGAAUCCAGAAUUGUUCGAGAACGUGUAUCCCAUGGAUUUGCGACACAUCGGAGACGCUAAAGUGAUGUCUGUGCCGCCGUACAGAGAUCAAGAUGGACGUCGGUUGCUGCUUUAUAGACUUGGUCGCUGGGACCCAAAAGCUAUAUCGGUGGAUGAAAUGUUCCGAGCCACGAUAAUGGCGUUGGAGUUGGGUCUGUUAGAGCAAAGGACUCAGAUCCUCGGCGGCGUUGCCUUGUUCGACCUGGAAGACAUCGGCACCCAGCAUGCUUGGCAGAUCACACCCAGCGUAGCAUCCAAAAUUGUUAAACUCUUGGUUUCCAGCUUCCCAGCGUCGACGUUCGCGAUCCACAUCAUCAACCACUCAUGGGUGUUCGACAAGAUCUACAACAUCUUCAAGCCACUGCUCAACUCGUCCAUGCGCGAGCGCAUCUACUUCCACGGCCAUGACGUCACGUCGCUCCAUAAACACAUCCAUCCUGACCAUUUGCCAGAAAGAUAUGGCGGUAUAUGGCCUGACUACCCUUGGACGAUCUGGUUAGAGUCGCUGAGGAAGAACUAUGAGGUUGGCAAGGAACUGCUGGCUCAUGGGUACAAGUUUCGUGAAGAGGAGGUGGAUCCGGACCUCGUCAGGCGGUUGAAAGACGAAGGCUUAAAAUUAUCUUGAAGGAACUGUGUCCAGUUGUAGUAUCUAAAGCUUAGUAACUUAGGGACCAUUUUUGUACAUGACAUUUUGGAAAUUGAGCUUUUAUUAACAGAUUUGAUCUUUUUGUAACAUCAUUUUUUUCCUUCAAAGCUUUUCUCAGCCAUGUAGAGAAUUUAUUGGCAAUUAAUCAAUAUUGUUAAUAGAACGAUAUUACUUUUUAAAUCAAGCAUGGUAGAUUGGGCUGGUAGCUUCUAUGUAGUUCUUCUUCUAUCGUGUGGGUUGUGAGGUGAAUUACCAACCUCAUCAACCCUGGUGUCAAAGGCCCCUGACAUGGCUCAUGUAACGACUACUUACUUACAUCAGUAAGUCCCGGUGGGGAUAUAAUAAAAAAAACACUUUGUGAUCCCUAGUUUGGUUAGUGCCUAUAUUUAAAACGGAUUUCUUCAGCCCAAGUUAUUUCUUCGAUUGUAAGCAGGCAAGAUUAGUCUUGAAAUUAAAGUUGGAACAAGGACAAAACGCGACGCAUAUAAUUAUUCAGUGUAUCAAUUCAUAACACCGACUAUAUUAUUUAUUUGCAUCCAGUAUUAUAUAAGUUAUCUUUAUAUAAAUAUACCUAACAUUUGCUUUUGUAAAAAAUAUUAUUUACUUAUUGCUAAUGUAUUAUUUAAGAUUAAUUGUAAUUUCAAUGGGCGUUUUGGUACAUUUUAUGCUCUUAACUUUUGUCUUACUAUACUUAAGUAAAUAUUGUUAUCCAUUAUACUUAAUUAUUGCUUAGGAUUUAGUAUCAAACCUAUUUACCACAUUUCUACGUAUUGUUCCUACCAUUUUCUAUAAUUAAUUCAUUAGGUACCUAUUUAAAAAUAGGAUUUGAAAACUAUGUUACGGUCUUUGUAACAUUAGAACAUUUUUUUUUUAAUUAUCAUGUAUAAUAUUAUUAUUCUCAAUAUUAUUGUGUUGCCAUAUACCCCAAAACGAUAUAUAAAGAUUGGAGCCAUAGGACGAAUACUCUAACUAUAGAGGCGGCUAAUCAGCUCGCGACAACGAAAACUUCAGAACCCCAAUACCGACCCCGCCGUCUUAGUCACCGAUUUCCCCCAUUCAGCGCUUAUCGCUGUCGACCCGCUAGCUGUCUCAGCUGUUGUCUUCGACUUCUUAACGUGCCCUCCGAAGCAUGGUAUCGUCAUUGUAUUUUUCAUCUAGGAAUUUCCUGAACUAACCAGGAACAGUUUCACGAAACUAACGGAAGUCAAGGGAAUCGAAUCCAUGGAGGCCGUUAUAUUAUUGAUAAUUGUUAAUAAUUUAAUACUUAUCUUUAUAAUUCGUAAUUCUUAGAAAUUAGCAUGGAUAAGACAAACGAUUCGUCAAAAACCUGUGAUAUGACUACACGUUCAGCGAACGGCAUAACUUUUAGAUUAAUCAAUAUUUAAUUUAGUGCAAAAUUAGAUUAAAAUUGGUUAGGUGUUUACUAUAUAGUAUUAUACAAUUAUAUACCUUAUCACUCAAAAAAGGUUUGGUUAUUGUUUGCAAGAAAUAUUGACUACUUACAUAACUAUGCGUUACUUAGUGUAACUAGUUGUGUAUUCACAAUAUUUUUUAGGCAACAAUUACCAAACAUUUUUUCAUUGAUAAAGCAUUAAACUAGAUUUAUCUCGAUGUGCUUACUUAGCUAUGAAGUGCCUAUGACGUACAAUAAACAUUUUUAUGACA